CCUUCUCUGUGUGCCACAGCGCCCCCUUGUGUGUGGCCGCGGGAUGAGCCUCCACCGGAUUGGCUGAGCGGUUGUCAGUAGUGUUUACAGGAAACAUGGCUUCUGCUGGAGAGCUUCAAGAAAUGGAAGUGGACCGGAGGGGUGAGUCCGAGGAGUCCGGGGAUGAUGAGACCAGGAGGAAGAGUAUCAAUGGAGACGUGGACCCCAAUCAGCCCGCUGCCACAAGUAAAGAAGAGUCUCCUGUUGACAUGGACACCAUAACGUUGGACCCUGAGGAAGAGGAUGUUGAUCUUGUUCAUUGUCGUAUUGGAAAGAUUGAAGGAUUGGAGGUGCUACAAAAGGCCAAAACACUCUCCUUACGACAAAACCUCAUUAAAAAGUUAGAAAACCUUGACAGUUUGACGUCACUGCAGGAACUAGAUCUCUACGACAAUCAGAUCCGCAAACUGGAGAACCUGCACACCCUCACACAGUUGGAGCAGCUCGAUGUGUCCUUCAACGUUUUGAGGAAAGUGGAGGGUUUGGAGCAGUUGACCCAGCUGAAGAAGCUUUUUCUACUUCACAACAAAAUUAGCAGCAUUUCCAACUUGGAACACUUGACAGGCCUGGAGAUGCUGGAGCUGGGUUCCAAUCGAAUCAGGGUUAUAGAGAACCUGGAUACUCUCGGAUCAUUGCAAAGUUUGUUUCUUGGCACCAAUAAAAUAACUAAGUUUCAGAAUUUGGAGGGUUUGCACAACCUGACUGUCUUAAGUAUUCAGAGUAAUCGGAUUACUAAAAUUGAGGGUAUGCAGAACCUUGUCAACCUGAGAGAGCUCUAUCUGAGCCACAAUGGCAUUGAGGUCAUCGAGGGCUUGGAGAACAAUAAAAAGCUCACAACCCUGGACAUUGCAGCCAAUCGUGUAAGAAACAUUGAGAACAUCAGUCAUCUGACGGAGCUGCAGGAAUUCUGGAUGAACGAUAAUCAAAUUGACAACUGGUCAGACCUCGAUGAGCUGAAGAACGCCAAGUCUCUGGAGACGGUCUAUCUCGAAAGAAACCCGCUACAGAAGGACCCACAGUAUCGACGAAAGAUCAUGCUGGCGCUACCCAGUGUACGCCAGAUUGAUGCAACCUUCAUCCGCUUCUAAACUGCUGUAUACGACAAACCUGCCAACUUCACAGUGUUCUCCCUCACCUCUCUCACCUCCCUCACCUCCCUCACCCCUCUCACCUCUCACCUCACUCCCCUGCCUCCCCUGCCUAUAGAAACACAUUGGCCUCACUGAAUCAUUAUAGUCACUUCAUACACAAAUAUACAUUCCAACAAUAAACUCCCCCAGGCUCACUCAACAUACAUGCAUGCAUGCAUGUAUGCACUCAUUCACACCUUGAUCUAUACUAUUGUUAGGAGGCUAAGUUAAUUAUUAAGCUGGAUAUGAGCUGUGAAAGUACCUGAAGCCCAUCGCACCCCCACAUUUCCUCUGCACUUGUUUUUAUUUUAUUAUUUUGCAUGUGUAGGACACUGUAUGGAGACAUCUCCCUCCUCAUUCAUACAGUGCCCAUUAGCAAAAUAAGAAACCAGUCUCAUUUACUGCAUUGUUGAAGUUGCACUGCGAACAUAAGACAGGAAAAGGGUGGCAUUGUUAAUAGUUGAAGGACUUUAUUGUGACUUUAUUCCUUCUGGUUGAACAGGAUGAGACUGUUCUCACCCCGUACAACAAUUAAACACAUUAAUAGGAGAUUCCAUGACAAAACAUAAUUUAUGUAUUUUAAUCUUCGGAAUACAUACUUAUUGUCUUAUUUACAAACAUGUUUGUCACGGAAUCAUCUAAAAUGAACCCGACGCAGUUCAGUAACGUCCAUGUUUUCUAAGGCAAACAUAUCAGCAUAAACUGAAGAGUCAUUUUAAUGAAGAAGUCUAUUCCUUCAAAACAGCUCAGAGGCCGAUUUUCUGUUCAACAAGAGGGACUUGUGCAGUAAAAUAAAGCUCAUGAGAAUGUAAGAUCAUUUUAAUGUGUUCAUAAAGAUUGUUUGUAAUCAGUGGUACAUCACCCCCGCCCCACUUCUGUACGUCACUGCCCACAUUUUGUUUUUCACCCGUGUCCAUUGGUUUGCUUUGAUUGUUUGUCAUCAGGUUUAUGCAAAAAGUGCAGAAGCAAUUCUUCUACCACUUGGUAGUGGGAUUGGUCAUAGGCCAGGGAAGAACCCGUGAAAUUCUGAUGCAGUUCAUGUAAGAGGGGUGAAUCUAGUAAUUUUUAUUCACCUUUGUGCUCUGAGUGGUAUUGUUUUUUGUAACCUUAAAUACAUCACUGAUAACAACCUUGGUUCUCUUUUGGUCAUACAUUUUAUCUGAAGUGAUCACAGGAAAAUAUCGACUGUUUUUGAAGUAUAUUCACUGGUGAAGGGCAGAAGUUGACACUAACGAGUGAUGUUUCCCAAUGUUUGAUAAACUUCAUGAUGUGUGCAGA